GGAGGGCGAGAGAGCCGAACGAACCGGCAGCAGGCCGGGCCGACGCCGCUCCCUCCUUCCCUCCCAUCUGGACCCGACCCCUCCCCUCCCCUCCCCUCCCCUCCGCCACUACACCACCCUACCCAGCCCCCUCCCCUCCCCCUCCUCCCUCCCUCCCUCCCUCCCCUCCUCGGCCUCUCUCUCUUGUCCCACCGGCGGAGCAGCGCCAUGUUCAGGCUACACGGAGGAGGCGGAGGAGGAGGAAGAAUAGUGGCGGCGGGAGAAAAGUGAACCAGGAGGAGCCGACAACGGGCUGAAGGCCGACCAACUCCAAGGGGCGAAGUCUCCGAGCGGAGCGGACACUCGUGAAGUGAUCAUUGGGGCCCCCCGGACUCUCCCGUGAGAACACUUAGCAGAAGGCGACCCCUUCCCUCCUCCAUCGUUUUAUAAAGAUAUAUAAAAUAUAUAUGAGAGAGAGAGGAAAGGCGCUGACACGAGAAGAUAAAUUUUUCUUUUUCCAGUAAAAGAAAGGGGAAUAAUGACCAUUUCCCGCUUUCCUCAGCUGACCGCCCCGACCAGCAAUGAAUCUUGACUCGUUAUCGCUGGCCUUGUCUCAAAUCAGCUACCUUGUGGACAACCUGACCAAGAAGAAUUACAAAUCCAGCCAGCAGGAGAUCUCUCAUAUUGUGAACAGACACGGCCCCGAGGCAGACAGACAUUUAUUACGCUGUCUAUUCUCGCAUGUGGAUUUCAGUGGCGAUGGUAAAAGUAGCGGCAAAGAUUUCCAUCAGACUCAGUUUCUGAUUCAGGAGUGUGCAUCGCUGAUUACCAAGCCUAAUUUCAUCUCGACGCUGUGCUACGCCAUUGACAAUCCAUUGCACUAUCAGAAGAGUCUGAAACCUUCGCCCCACCUGUUUACUCAGCUUAGUAAAGUGCUCAAGUUAAGCAAGGUCCAAGAGGUUAUCUUUGGCCUCGCCUUGCUGAAUUCUUCUAGCUCAGAUCUGCGAGGGUUUGCUCUCCAGUUUGUGAAACAGAAGCUCCCAGAUCUUCUGCGAUCUUACAUCGACGCAGACGUAAGCGGGAACCAAGAAGGUGGCUUUCAGGAUAUUGCAAUAGAAGUCCUGCACCUGCUCCUGUCCCACCUUCUUUUCGGGCAAAAGGGAGCAUUUGGUGUUGGGCAGGAACAGAUUGACGCUUUCCUUAAAACAUUACGCAGAGAUUUUCCGCAAGAGCGUUGUCCUGUGGUGCUUGCACCACUGCUAUAUCCUGAAAAACGGGACAUUCUGAUGGAUAGGAUUCUGUCUGAUUCGGGAGGGAUAGUGAAGACAAUGAUGGACAGCUCACUAGCAGAUUUUAUGCAAGAAGUAGGCUACAGCUUUUGUACAAGUGCCGAAGAAUGCCGUCAAAUCAUUUUGCAGUUUGGGGUUCGGGAAGUGACAGCUUCUCAGGUUGCCAGGGUACUGGGAAUGAUGGCUCGGACACAUUCAGGCCUGAGUGAUGGCAUUUCCUUACAGUCUAUCUCAGCCCCCGGAAGUGGAAUAUGGAGUGAUGGGAAGGAUAAAACUGACUCUGCACAGGCUCAUACUUGGAAUGUAGAAAUAUUUAUUGAUGUUGUGAAGGAAGUGAAUCCAAACCUGAAUUUCAAGGAGGUAACCUAUGAGCUGGAUCACCCAGGAUUCAUCCUACGUGACAGCAAAGGCCUGCAAAUAGCAGUGUAUGGAAUCCAGAAAGGGAUGGGAAUUGAAGUCUUUCCUGUUGAUCUCAUUUACCGGCCUUGGAAGCACGCAGAAGGACAGCUCUCCUUCAUUCAACACUCAUUAAUGAACCCAGAUAUCUUCUGUUUUGCUGACUACCCAUGUCAUACUGUUGUGACAGACAUUUUGAAAGCCCCCCCAGAAGAUGACAACCGGGAAAUUGCUACAUGGAAAAGCUUAGACCUCAUUGAGACCUUGCUGCGUCUUUCAGAGUUGGGACAAUAUGAGCAGGUCAAGCAGCUCUUUAAUUUUCCUAUCAAACACUGUCCGGAUAUGUUGGUACUGGCUUUACUCCAGAUCAACCCAACCUGGCACACUCUGCGCCAUGAACUGAUCUCCACACUGAUGCCAAUUUUCCUGGGUAAUCAUCCAAAUUCUGCCAUUAUCUUGCACUACGCAUGGCACGGACAGGGUCAAUCUCCCUCAAUCCGACAAUUGAUCAUGCACGCGAUGGCAGAGUGGUACAUGCGUGGGGAGCAGUAUGAUCAGGCUAAGCUCUCUCGCAUUCUAGAUGUAGCUCAAGACUUGAAGGCCUUGUCUAUGCUGCUAAAUGGUACUCCGUUUGCCUUUGUUAUUGACCUUGCUGCACUUGCAUCUCGCCGAGAAUACCUCAAACUUGAUAAAUGGUUGACUGAUAAAAUUCGUGAGCAUGGGGAACCAUUUAUCCAGGCAUGUGUUACGUUCCUAAAAAGACGGUGUCCUUCCAUCAUGGGUGGACUGGCUCCUGAGAAGGAACAACCUAAGAGUGCUCAACUUCCUCCAGAAACACUGGCUACAAUGUUGGCUUGUCUACAGGCUUGUGCAGGGAGUGUGUCACAGGAGCUGUCGGAGACUAUUCUCACAAUGGUGGCUAACUGUGGCAGUGUCAUGAACAAAGCCCGCCAGCCACCUCCAGGAGUAAUGCCCAAGGUCCGAGCACCUAGUACCAGCAGUAUAGAAACCAUGUCACCUGUACAGAUUGAUCCAUUAUCUGGCAUGGCUUCAUUGACAAUUGGUGGAUCAGCUGCAUCCCUCACUCCGAGUAUGCAGGGUUUCACAACUAACCUGAGUUCUGCAUUCAAUACUCCUCAAUCACCAGCGAAAGCCUUUCCUCCACUCUCGACACCAAACCAGACAACUCCCUUCAGUGGUAUUGGCGCUCUUCCGUCUCAACUACCAGGAAGUUUGGGCACAGGGAGUUUGACUGGCAUGGGAACUGGUGGACUUGCACUACCAACUGUGAACACUGACCCUUUUGGGCAGCGAAAGAUGAGCACAUCUGGACUGAACCCACAAACAUUCCAGCAGAGUAAGAUGAAAACUUCUGACCUUUCUCAGGUAUGGCCGGAGGCAAAUCAGCACUUUAGCAAGGAGAUUGAUGAUGAAGCUAACAGUUACUUCCAGCGAAUCUACAACCAUCCACCCCACCCUACCAUGUCUGUUGAUGAGGUUCUGGAAAUGCUGCAGAGAUUUAAGGAUUCCACCAUUAAGCGUGAAAGGGAGGUUUUUAACUGUAUGCUUCGUAACCUGUUUGAAGAGUACCGCUUCUUCCCCCAGUAUCCAGACAAAGAACUGCACAUCACAGCCUGCUUAUUUGGUGGAAUUAUUGAAAAGGGGUUGGUCACAUAUAUGGCAUUGGGACUUGCACUGCGCUAUGUUCUUGAAGCUUUGCGCAAACCGUUUGACUCCAAGAUGUACUACUUUGGCAUUGCUGCACUAGACAGAUUUAAAAACAGAUUGAAGGACUAUCCCCAGUAUUGCCAACAUUUAGCUUCUAUUGGCCACUUUUUACAAUUUCCUCAUCAUUUACAGGAGUACAUUGAAUAUGGCCAGCAGUCCCGAGACCCCCCUGUGAAAAUGCAGGGUAGCAUUACAACGCCUGGCAGUAUUGCUUUGGCACAAGCUCAGGCUCAAGCACAGGCUCAGAAUAAGACCCCUAUGGCCAGACAGGUCAGUGCCAUAGUAACCACUUCCACAACCACCACAGUCACCAAAGCAACUACAGUUACCAGGCCGACUGGAGUGAGCUUUAAGAAAGAUGUACCGCCCUCUAUCAAUACAACAAACAUAGAAACAUUGUUGGUUGCCACAGACCAGGCAGAGAGGAUAGUGGAACCUCCUGAAAAUAUUCAAGAAAAAGUGGCAUUCAUCUUUAACAACCUCUCACAGUCCAAUAUGACACAGAAGGUGGAGGAACUGAAGGAGACAGUGAAGGAUGAGUUUAUGCCCUGGGUAUCUCAAUAUUUGGUUAUGAAGCGGGUUAGCAUUGAACCAAACUUUCACAGUCUGUAUUCAAACUUUAUGGAUACCUUGAAAAACCUAGAGUUUAACAAAAUGGUGCUCUCUGAAACAUACAGAAACAUCAAGGUACUGUUAACUUCAGACAAGGCUGCAGCAAACUUCUCAGAUCGAUCAUUGUUGAAGAACCUGGGACACUGGUUGGGCAUGAUCACUUUGGCCAAAAAUAAACCCAUUUUGCAUAUUGAUCUGGAUGUGAAAUCAUUGCUGCUGGAAGCUUACAUAAAAGGUCAGCAGGAGAUGCUCUAUGUUGUCCCUUUCGUUGCCAAAGUUUUAGAGUCCAGCGUUAGGAGUAUGGUUUUCAGGCCUCCAAAUCCGUGGACGAUGGCUAUCAUGAAUGUAUUAGCAGAGCUACAUCAAGAGCAUGAUUUGAAGUUAAACCUGAAGUUUGAGAUCGAGGUCUUGUGUAAAAAUCUGGCUUUGGAUAUAAAUGACUUGAAGCCUGGAACAUUAUUGAAGGACAAAGAAAAAUUGACAAAUCUAGAAGAGCAGCUAUCAGCUCCAAAGAGAGAGUCCAAAAUACCCGAGGAACCGCCAGUAGUUGUCACCACUGCUGCAUCAGUGACUCCAGCAACAACAACCACUUGUACGACCACAGGCCCUCCACAGCCACAGUUCAGCUAUCACGACAUCAAUGUAUAUUCUCUGGCUGCCUUGGCUCCACACAUUACAGUCAAUCCAAAUAUUCCUUUGUUUCAAGCUCAUCCACAGUUGAAGUCAUAUGUUCGGCAAGCAAUUGACCGUGCUGUGCAGGAGCUCGUUCAUCCUGUCGUUGACCGUUCCAUCAAAAUUGCCAUGACCACCUGUGAACAGAUAGUUCGCAAAGAUUUUGCUCUAGAUUCUGAAGAGUCACGAAUGAGAGUUGCAGCACAUCACAUGAUGCGUAACUUGACUGCAGGGAUGGCCAUGAUUACGUGCAGGGAGCCUUUACUGAUGAGCAUUGCUACAAACCUAAAGAACAACUUUGCCACAGCUCUACGGGCUGCGUCUCCACAACAGAGGGAGAUGAUGGAACAAGCAGCUGCCCAGAUAGCACAAGACAAUUGUGAGCUUGCAUGUUGUUUUAUUCAGAAAACAGCUGUUGAAAAAGCAGGUCCUGAAAUGGACAAACGACUUGCAACAGAGUUUGAACUCCGGAAGCAUGCUAGGCAGGAAGGUCGGCGAUACUGUGAUCCUGUAGUACUGACCUAUCAGGCUGAGCGUAUGCCUGAGCAAAUCAGAUUGAAGGUGGGUGGUGUUGAUCCCAAGCAACUGGCUGUCUAUGAAGAGUUUGCUCGUAAUAUUCCAGGAUUUCUUCCCAGCAAUGAUAUUUCUCAGCCCACUGGCUUCUUGGCCAAGCCCAUGCAGCAAGCUUGGGCAACUGAUGAUAUUGCACAGAUUUAUGACAAGUGCAUUACAGAACUGGAGCAACAUCUGCAUGCAAUUCCACCAUCUCUGGCCAUGAACCCUCAGGCUCAGGCACUUCGUAAUUUACUGGAAGCUGUGGUAAUGGCCAGGAAUUCACGUGAUGCUAUUGCUGCUCUUGGCCUCCUGCAGAAGGCUGUGGAGGGACUGCUGGAUGCCACUAGUAGUGCAGACUCGGACCUCUUGCUUCGAUACAGAGAAUGCCAUUUGCUGGUUUUGAAAGCUCUGCAGGAUGGGCGUGCUUAUGGAUCUCAGUGGUGUAACAAUAAAAUCACUAGGUGCCUAAUUGAGUGCCGUGAUGAGUACAAGUAUAAUGUCGAUGCUGUGGAGUUGCUCAUUAGGCAUCAUCUGGUGAACAUGCAGCAGUAUGAUAUCCACUUAGCCCAGUCAAUGGAGAAUGGCCUGAAUUACAUGGCUGUAGCCUUUGCCAUGCAGUUGGUGAAGAUUCUCUUGGUAGAUGAGAGAAGCAUUAGCCAUAUCACUGAAGCAGAUUUAUUCAACACUAUUGAAACACUUAUGAGGAUCAGUGCUCAUUCCAGAGGAAAUGCACCUGAAGGAUUGCCACAGCUCAUGGAUCUUCUGAGGGCUAACUAUGAAGCCAUGAUGGAUCGUGCACAUGGCGGCCCCAACUUCAUGAUGCAUUCUGGGAUAUCACAAGCAUCAGAAUAUGAUGACCCACCUGGACUUCGGGAGAAGGCAGAGUAUUUACUGAGGGAAUGGGUGAACCUAUACCACUCUGCAGCAGCUGGACGGGACAGCACCAAAGCAUUCUCUGCCUUUGUUGGGCAGAUGCACCAGCAGGGAAUUUUGAAGACUGACGACCUUAUUACUCGUUUUUUCCGCCUCUGUACCGAAAUGUGCGUUGAAAUUAGUUACCGUGCACAACAGGAGCAACAGCACAAUCCUUCUGCCAAUCCCACAAUAAUCAGGGCCAAGUGCUAUCACAACUUAGAUGCUUUUGUCAGAUUGAUAGCCCUGCUGGUCAAACACUCUGGGGAAGCUACCAAUACAGUUACUAAAAUAAAUCUUCUUAACAAGGUUCUGGGGAUUGUAGUAGGAGUCCUACUGCAAGAUCAUGAAGUACGUCAGAGUGAGUUUCAGCAGCUGCCAUAUCAUCGAAUCUUCAUCAUGUUGUUGCUGGAGUUAAAUGCCCCGGAGCAUGUGCUGGAAACAAUCAAUUUCCAGACUCUGACUGCUUUCUGCAACACAUUCCACAUCUUGCGGCCCACUAAAGCUCCUGGAUUUGUCUACGCCUGGCUGGAACUGAUUUCCCACCGUAUCUUCAUUGCGAGAAUGCUGGCGCAUACACCUCAACAGAAGGGCUGGCCAAUGUAUGCCCAACUGCUGAUUGAUUUGUUCAAGUUCCUUGCUCCUUACUUGAGGAAUGUGGAGUUGACAAAACCUAUGCAAAUUCUUUAUAAGGGCACUCUGCGUGUCUUGCUUGUCCUUUUGCACGACUUUCCAGAGUUUCUUUGUGACUACCAUUACGGCUUCUGUGAUGUUAUCCCACCAAACUGUAUUCAGCUGCGUAACCUGAUCCUGAGUGCCUUCCCACGGAACAUGCGGCUGCCAGAUCCAUUCACACCGAAUCUAAAGGUGGAUAUGCUGAGUGAAAUCAACAUUGCUCCCCGCAUACUGACCAACUUCACUGGAGUGAUGCCACCUCAGUUUAAGAAGGACUUGGACUCCUAUUUGAAGACGCGAUCUCCAGUGACUUUCCUGUCAGAAUUGCGCAGUAACCUGCAGGUAUCAAACGAACCUGGUAACCGGUACAACAUUCAACUAAUAAAUGCCCUGGUGCUGUAUGUGGGAACGCAGGCGAUUGCUCACAUCCAUAACAAGGGCAGCACGCCAUCCAUGAGCACCAUCACGCACUCGGCACAUAUGGACAUCUUCCAGAACCUGGCUGUGGAUCUUGAUACAGAAGGUCGAUACUUGUUCCUGAAUGCCAUCGCCAAUCAGCUGCGUUACCCUAACAGCCACACUCACUAUUUCAGCUGCACUAUGCUGUAUCUGUUUGCUGAAGCAAAUACAGAAGCAAUCCAGGAACAAAUCACCAGGGUCCUGUUGGAAAGGCUGAUAGUAAACAGACCUCAUCCAUGGGGGCUCCUUAUCACCUUUAUUGAACUAAUUAAAAAUCCAGCCUUCAAGUUCUGGAACCAUGAGUUUGUCCACUGUGCUCCUGAAAUUGAAAAGUUGCAACUUAUACCUCUCUCCAAAUAUCUGACCCGAGCCCCAGGUUGUUCCAGUCUGUAGCUCAAUGCUGUAUGGGACAGAAGCAGGCACAACAAGUAAUGGAAGGCACCGGUGCAAGUUAAAACGGCAAAGCAAUACCUCCUUGGAGAAACAACGUGGAGAGAGUGAUGAGCAGCCUGUGUUUUUCUUGAAAACUGUCGUUGGUUGUGUAACUUGCUGGUUCUUCCAAUCAAAUGCAGUCAGCUGCAUGAGUCAGACAUAGGAACAAUGGUCAGUGAAGAGCUGAUUUCAUGAUGGACAUGUUUCAUUUUUCAUUUGUCACUUGGCCAAAAAAAAACAAAUGCUGUGAAUAUCAUUUGAAAUGAUAUAAAAAUGUAAAUAAAAGGGAGUGCAACCUUAAACUGGA